AAAUUUGAAUUGCAUUUUUUUGCUUUGCGUUUGCUAGUAAUUUGUUUGCUUUGUUUUUGUCUAUAACAGUCUUUAGUACUGUGAGUGUGGUUGGUCUCGAUAAUUUAUUGAUAAAUUAAAUAUGAACGAACCGAUUUGUUUUUCCCAACACUUCGUAAAUAAACAAAAUGUGAGGUCCCUUAGUAAUAUUUUAAAUUUAAAAUUGUUAAAAAGUCAGAACAGUGAAGUUUUUCUUCAAGAAAUUGUAAAGGAAGAGUUGGUGAGAGAAAUUUCUUCAGAAUUAAAGAAAAUAUUGCUCGAUCUACAAGAAAACAUCAAAAUUUACAGUAAGAAUGAUUUUAAGGAUUAUUUUUCCAUAUUUAGAAUAAAAGAUGAGCAGCAUAGUUUAUUUACAGUGAAUAAAGAAAAUAUUUGUGAAGGAUGUUCAGCCACAUUGAGUAAAAUAAUCCCAAAAAAGUUUUUUGGUAACAAUCACAAUACCAAGAUAUUUAAGAAAUGUAUAAAAACAAUAGUUUACAGUAUGAAACGCCAGCAUAUUUAUUUUGAAAAAAUGAUUCAGAAAUGGGAUUUCAAAAUAUUUCCUUGGAAUAAUAUAUCAACAGUAAAUUCAUUCGGUAUUUUGUAUAAUAUUCUUCAUUGGAUAUUCAAAGUUUUAUUAUCAGCAAUUAUAACUUUGAACUUCUAUGUUACCACAACCAAAGUGAAUAACGAUGAAAAUUUGCUUUUUUUCUUUUGGAAAAAUCAAUGGCAGAGUUUCUACGAUAAGAAGAUAUCUGACAUGGUGUCAGCAAAAGUUAUAAAUAAGUUUCAUACAAAUUCAUUAGGGAAAAAUUUGAGAAAAAGGUAUAGUUUGCAAGAAAAAUUAAAAUUGAAGUCCAUGAAAAAGGAUAUACCUAAACUACAUUUAGUUCUGAAACCGAACAAUGAUUUCAGACCAAUUGUGAGGUAUAAAAGUGAAAUACUCAGUGCCAGAGAUAAACAUAAAAUCAAGGAAAAAUUGUAUUUCCUGAGAAAGCUCACUGGGAAACCGCAUGAAAAAAUUGAGACUAUAUUUACCACACUGUUCUUUAAGUGGUUGGAAAAUAAAAAACCCAAACUGUAUUUCAUUAAAACAGAUCUGAGUAAUGCGUUUGGGUCGAUAAACAAAGAAAAGCUUUUAAAAAUUCUCUGUGAAAGGCAUCAAGAUUUGCAGAAGUCAGAAACAAACAUGUUUAUUAAGAAGAAACAUACUCAACACUUUAAAGAAUUUGUAGCUGAACUAAGGAAGCCUUUGCUGGUUCGUUGUGGUUCCACGGUUUAUGAAUGGAAGGCAGGACUUGUACAGGGCUACAAAUUUUCACCAGCUUUAUCGGAGCUUUACUAUUCGUAUAUGGAUGAAAUUUAUUUUUCAAAACAUACGGACAAUAAUGAACUCAGAUUAUUUAUUAGAGUUGUCGAUGACUACUUGUAUAUAACAGAUACUUUGCAGGAUGCACAAUUGUUUUUAAAAGCGUUAUCAAAUUAUAGUAAUGUGAAUUAUGGCAAAACUGUCAUCAACUUUGCCCAUGAAGAUAUAAAUUGCAGUAAUGAAUUAACUUUCCUUGGUUAUUCCUAUAAUACAGAUAAUAUGAAUGUGGGUAGAGCGAACACAGUUUUUAAUGGGCAGAUGUGUUAUAAAAUAAGUUUCACUGGGUCGAUUGCUAAUUUGGAACAGUUUUUGGAGGCCAGGAUUGGACAAUCCGGCAUACCGAUCAAUGGGCAUAUUUUUAAUUUCCAUCACAAUAGUGAAGCAUUAAUAUGGGAACACAUUUUUAUUACAUUAUGUUUGUCUGCAAACAAAUUCUGUACAAUAUUAUCUUUAUUAUGCGAUGAAAGUGAAAUGCCCAAGUAUUUGUCGGUAUACAAAAAGAGAGUGGCAGUAAAACUCUGCAAUACAAUAUUAGAUAAAUUAAAGAAAAAUUCUCCCAAAGACUUUUGCUUUACUUAUUGCAUUAAUCAUUUCCGAUAUUUAUCAUACAAAGCGCUGCUGUUAUGUGCAAGAGGCACAUCAAAAUGCAACACAUUGGUGCCAUAUGUAAAUAUAGAAUUGGCCAAAUCGAAUUGUAUUUAUGGAAAAUGGAGGGACCAUGCAAGAUUUAUUUCGAAAAGUGGUCAAAAUUUGGAACAAGCUGUAAAAGAAGUGUGUACAAAAUCAGAUUUGAGAAGGAUUUUUAGAAAAUUUGAUGUGUUGCCCUACGAUUUUCAGUGUUAUGACCAUAAAAGAUUCUAUAUGUCACUGUAAGAAAACCUACAAAUUAAAAACUCAUCAUUAUCAACCUAUUGUAAUUGUCCAAUACAGGGCCAGGGCUCAUAGUAUCCUAAACAAAAAAAUUAAGACCCUGAGGUCAGUUUAGCUGGCCUAUUCACUAAUUUGAUCUUUACUAUCUACAGUGGAUAUGAUUAUCACCACUGCCUCCGAUUCCGGUAGGUGUGGGAUCGAAUCUGGCCCAAGGCAUGCACCUCUAACUUGCCAGUUGUGUGCAUUUUAAGGAAUUUAAUAUCACUUAUUUGUAAGUGGUAUUUUCCCUACAUUAUUCAAAUUCUAACUAUUGAAUGAGGUGUGCAAUUAAUGUAGGUUUGUGUGGCAGUGUUGUGAUAAGGAAAGUAAUAAAUUAUUUG